CAUUUAGCAGCGAUUCAAACGCAUUCAACAACACACAAGACAUCAGCCGAAAGAGCAGUAUGAAGCAAGCUUUAAUUAUUGUCACCGCUGCCUUGCUGCUAGUGCAGCUCGUGCACACUUUGCCACAUAAUAAGCGUGAAGCCGUCGCUACUGCCGACUCAUCCGAAGAUAACAGCCCAAAGAUGAUACUUUUGGUUUACACUCUUACCGAGAUAACUAGACUUUCGAAGUGGGCGCUUGAUAAUGGUGUCGUUGUAAUUAAGAAUACUAUCAACGAAUUAAACGAACUGCCAGUUAAGGAUGAGCUACUACAAGCAAAUAUUACUCGCAUGGCCACGGUUGUUAAGGAAAUCUCUGAUCUCUCACUGAGCGAGGAGGAUCCGGAUAGUUUAUUGAAACUUUUCACAAGCAUGAUGAAUUUCGCCAACAUGUUGGGCGAUUACCAGUCCAUGCCGGAAGAUUCUAAAUUGAAGCUUACGCUGAAGACAGCUUUGGAAAGUAAUGGUUUUAACAAAUUCGACAAAGAAUUUGAAAAUAAAAUGGUCGAUUUUGCUGGCAAAUUUGACAAAGCAUUUGGUGAAUACGUGCAGGCUUUGAGCCCAGCUGAAAAAGAAAGCGAGAGCAAAUUGCUAAAGUGGUUUGAUGAAUAUAAGACUGAAACUGACGAUGAUAAGAAACUGGAUAAAUUCGGUGAAUUCUUCGAUAUUCUGAAUUAAGUUUAAGUAAAAAUGUUGCGAAAUAAAAUUGAAUAGGAGAUUGUGGUAUGACUAACAUCUCA